AAUUUCCGGUAAAGAGCAUUUUUAACUAAACCACAGCCGAAUCCCACCUUUGUCCUCCUUGGGAGAUUACUUCUCAUCCAAAUAUUCGUUGAGCAGCUUGAGCUCCUGACACGUCCCUAAACCGACUCCAACGUCCAUCGCAUUUCAUGCCACCUUUCAUCCUCUCCACCCGCCACGCCUCCUCCACCGUCAUUCAACUCUCCCUUAACUUCCGGGAAAAAAAUUCCAUUCCAAACAAGCUCCUCACUUGUCAGGGGAAAUCCCAAAUUGAGAGAAUAAACCCAUCCAAACACAAAAAUGUCAGGUGGGGUUGGUCCAACUUGUAACGACAUUAGCCUCCCCAAGGAGGAAACGCACGAACACGCCCACUCCCAGCCUGUUUCUCUAAAACCCACUGCGACCCCUCUGCAUAGAGGCGGUUUCCUCACUUUCCGGCAACUCAACGCCCUUGCUGUCAUGAUCAUCAUGUCGGCGAGCGGCAUGGUCAGCCUGGAAGAAUUCGCCUUCGUAGUCUUCUCCUUCAUCUACAUCUACUUCCUCUCCAGAGUCGCCUUCCCCCAACAAUUUUCCGGUUCCGAAUCCCAAGUUUUCGACCCGAAAAACAAAACCCUCCGCCUCUACGUUGCAAUCGGUUCUCUAAUUGGACUCUUCGCCCCAAUUGCUUACAUCUGCGAAGGGAUUUUCGAGGGGGACGUAGAGGGCAUAAAGGCAGCAGUACCGCAUGUCUUCCUCCUGGCAAGCCAGGUGUUCAUGGAGGGUAUAGCGUUUUCCGACAGGUUUCCGAUUCCGAUUAAGGUUUUCGUACCGGUGUUCUACAAUUCCAGGAGGCUGUUUACGCUUGCAGAUUGGCUGAGGACGGAGGUGUGGAAGGUGGAGGAAGGAGGGUACAUGGGUUCUGCGAGGAGGCUGUUGGUGGGGAGAGUGCUUGCAGUGGCUAAUAUGGCGUUCUGGAGUUUCAAUCUUUUUGGGUUUUUGUUACCUUUUUAUCUUCCUAGAGCUUUUAAGAAGUUCUAUGUUGGGUCCAAGGUCAAGGAUUAAACGGAAGCCUUUUAUGUUUUCCCUUUCUUUUUUUUUUUUCUUUUUUUUUUCUCUCGGCACCAUUUUGUUUUUAUUAGUAUAGUUAUAAUAUUAUAUAAAAUUAUAAAAUUAUAAUUAUAAG